AUCGAUGUUUGUGCCUGAAAAGUCGAUGUAUUCGAUUAAUCGACAAACAUCGCGAAGUUGUUACUGGCUAAAUUGUUAUGGUCCUCAUAAUAAAAAACCCCCUAUCAUCAUUACCUCCAAUUGUCAACUCUUCCUCAUCAUUCUCCAAUGAAAUCCAUUAAAUACUGAAAUUACAAAAAACAUCGAGAACAAUCGAUUCAAAAACUGAAUUAUUCAAGUCGUUGAUAGACCCCGGCAUUUGUAGGUUAUCACCAGCCCAGAGCAUAAGCAAAAUGUUAUUUAAACAAUCUCUGAAACUGCGCACAACAGGCUGUUCUCCAAACAUCAUCUCAAAUUUAUUGAGGUCCCAGAGCCGCUCGAGGUGCACAUCCCCAGGCCAAAAAUGGGAUUUGAUGGCUGCAGUCUGUGUGGAGAGACACCCAGUGAUAACAAAGCCAAAGCUGGAGCUGGAGCAGAGGGUCCAAGGGCUCUUGAACGAGAUGGAGUUCGAGAACAGCAUGAAGUGCGAUCACGAGCUGAGGGAGGAGCUCGAGGCGAAGCAGAGUGAACUCGUGAAGAAGGGGCUGGUAGAUAUGGAUCCAGACAAGGUGGCCACUAUAUCGGCGCAGGAUAUCGAGGACGCUGGGGAUGCUGAACUCGCAAAAUUUCCAUUUGCCUCGAGGGUCACUGAAGCUGAUAAGGGGAAUGUCAAAACCUCCCUCGAGAGGAAGCUGGAGAAGUGCCUGGUGCUGUUGGUGCAGCAGAAGGUGGGGGAGGACUUGUUCUGGCUGCCUCCUCAGGGGCCGAGGGAGGAAGGGGAAACCCUUCGACAGAGUGCAGAAAGAAUCUUACGUAGCACCUGCGGUGAAAAUUUGUCCGCAAAAAUCUACGGGAAUGCCCCCAUAGGAUUCUACAAGUACGUCUACCCAAGAGCAGUGAGAGAAAAGGGUUCGCGUGGUGCAAAAAUUUUUUAUUACCUAGCAAAACACGUAAACGGAAAUGUUCAGGAUAAAGUCAAGUAUCAGUGGGUGGACAGGCAGGAAUUGGAAGUCACGUUACCAAAGCCCAUCCACCGGAGUGUAUCAAUGUUCCUCGUGCCAGAAUAAACCCCCCAGCAUGUACCAAAAUAAAUACUGUACAUAGAAAAAAUUUAUUAAAGUGUUUCGAUUGAAAAGUCAAAAUAAUGAAAAUAAAUUUGGAAAAAUCAUGGGAGAAAUUUCCAAGUAUUUCCAUUUAACAAUUGA